UCAGUUUUCUGGGCACGCCCCCAUCUGAAACCUCUGCUUUUGGACUCGACGUUUCCCUGCAAAUUGGCCGGGCUGAUAACGUAGCGAGAUGCUGAGAAGCGAGCAGUGGUGUAGAAAGCUUCGGGACAUGGAUUUAUUGUGGUGGGGAUUCUGAGCUUUUACAUCGCCACGGGGAAGGUGCUCGUCAACUUGCUGCUACUCUAUGCCCAAUAUGUUGGGCUCCGCGCUUCAGCUCCUCGUCUCUCACGGCCGGCAGACGCUAGGUCGCUGGAUGCGCGGCCGGGAACCUCCAGACAGUCAGCUUGGUACGGACACAGCAGGAUGUGGCCAGCCCCAUUACUUACUCGUGCAGCCCGAGGUUUCCUCCACGGGGGAUCCCUGGAGCUGCCCAGGGAUGUGCUGGUGCCGGAGCGUUGUAUUGCUCUGCGCCCUGACCGGGGUGUGCUGCGCCUCCCUGGCCCUGGCGAGACAUUACCUGAAGGACCUGCUGCUGUGGGUAGAGAGUCUGGACAGUCUGGUUGGCGUGCUGCUCUUCAUCGUGGGCUUCAUUCUGGUGUCAUUGCCCUGCGUGUGGGGGUACAUUGUGCUCAACGUGGCGGCUGGGUACCUGUAUGGCCUUUUCCUGGGCAUAGGACUGGUCAUCGUUGGGGUGCUGAUUGGAACUUUCAUAGCCCAUCUGGUUUGCAAGAAGCUGCUGACCAACUGGGUGCUAAGCAAAAUCGAGAGCAGCCAGAAACUAGGAGCUGUCAUACGUGUUGUAGAAGGGGGCAGCGGGCUCAAGGUAGUGGCAUUGGCUCGUCUCACUCCUAUACCAUUCGGCCUUCAAAAUGCUGUAUUUUCGAUUACAGAUUUGUCCCUACCCAACUAUCUUGCGGCUUCUUCAGUUGGAUUGUUUCCUACACAGCUGCUAAAUUCCUAUUUGGGAACAACAUUGCGGACUAUGGAAGAUGUUAUAGCAGAGCAAAGUAUCAGUGGAUAUUUUAUCUUUAGUUUACAGAUUGUGAUAAGCAUAGCACUAAUGUUUUAUGUAGUCCACCGAGCUCAAGUAGAACUCAAUGCAGCGAUCAUUGCUUGUGAAAUAGAACUGAAGACAUCUCUUAAAGGCAGCCAACUGAAUGGCUCUGCAUUCUGUAGCAAAAGAACAUUGUUUUCAGCUGGUGGAAUCAACAUUGUAUGAUUGUUUUUUAAAAGAAAAAAAAAUCUAAACCUUUCUUCAUUGCCAAGAUCAUGGAUUCUACAGAUCUCUACUUACCUUGAGGGAACAAAUGUUGCAAAUAUUCUUUAAUAUUUUUGUGGACACCUGUCAGAUCAACCAAUCUGGAACUUUCCUGCAACUUUUUAUAUUCUUUAAGUGCUAUGGCAAGUGUAAUGCACUUAACUAUGUGACUCUUAGUAGAAAAGUGUCUUGGUGACUUUAUUUAUUAAUACACAUGCAUUUCGUUUCAUAUGAAAAGUAACCUGUAUAAAACUAAAUUUAUUUGUGAUUUUGCCUUUUUGUUUUGAGAAGUAUUGCUAUGUACCUAGACAGUGUUUUAUAACCACGCAACCAUUCUCUUCUAAGGUAGCCCAGGUAAGCUUAAUCCCUCCUAUCAAGUUGGAGAAAGUGCUCUUAAACCUGGUUUAAUUGGACUGUGGACUCUAGUGUCAGAAGUCUGGAGACUGGGAUUUGUAAUAGUUAGUGGUAGAACCUCCCUUUUUAUGUAAGCCUGUAAAGUUCAUUUUUCAUUAUUUUCAACUGUCUUUCAUUUUAGUUUAGUCAAAACAUUUUAACGGCAUGCUUGGAAAUAAACCUAUUGUAGACUAAGACUAUUUCCAAAUACGCCUUGAAACAAUGUUUGCCAUUCUUUUUUGUUAUUCAUACAUAUACAUUUAUACAGUGUGGUUGUGUAACAGUGUUAUCUACUAGUAGCAGUACAACAGGAGAAUCCUUAGAUCUGUUUAGAUAUAAAAAAUAUAUAUAUAUUUGGAGGUACUGUAUGCAAAAUGUUCUGUUGAGUGGCCUUGAACUUUCUAUGCUUAUUUAUUUUUUUACAAUUUUGAAACGAGCUUUAAACUUGCCACCGGCUUGAUUUGUAUGUUAAACUAAUUGUAUCAAAUAUGUUGUGUGUUGUGUAGACACAUUUCUUUGCACGUUUUUGUCUCUUGACAUUUUUUUCUCUUGCAUAUCCAAGUAGUCAAGUUAUGUUAAACGGGUAACAUAACUUCCCAAGUUUCUAUCAUGUAUUUAAAAAAACAAAAAAAAAAAUGAAACCUCAUAAAUAGUUUUUUAGAAGUUGGGGGAAAAAAAACUAGUAAUGCCUUUAAAACACCUGGAGCCGAAUCAUGUGAUUGCAGCACUUUUCUUUAGUGGCUUCUCUACGCCACUAACUCUUAUUUUGACAUAAUACUUAUAUAAAAUGUAAGAAAUUUAUAUUUUAGAUAUCCAGUUUUAUUUAAAAAAAAAAAAAAAAAUGAAUUUAAAUGCAUGAUAGCAAAUGUAGGUGUUCCGUGUCACUUAUGUCUGAAAUCAAGGAGUGUCUCCUCCUUUAAGACUCAGGACCUUUUUAAAAUGUGAAUUUAGAUUUUUAAGCAAUUGUGCUUUUGUUCUAACAGUUGAAACAUAACGGUUAAGACAUGUAGAAUGUAGCUGUAUAGACCAUUGGUCAUUUAAAAGAGUUAGUUUUCCUUUUUAUUUAGUUUAUAAAUAUUUGCUUUAAUGUUAAAUUAAACUGGAAUCAAGGCUCAUCAGUGCUUCAAAAACAAAAAGGUUUAAUCCGUAAUGUAUUUUAGACCAACUGCUCUUUUAGGGAACAGCAUAAAAAAAGCAUCUAAAUUCCGUGGUAUCAUUUUUUAAAAUAUUUUCACCUUUAAUGUGUACAUUUAAACAAUAUUUUUUUUUAAAUAAUUUUCGGGAAAGAGACUGAACUUUAAUUCUUGACCACAUGUGUACAGUAAAAUACAUUUGCAAAGCAGAAAUACAAUUAUGUUUGCUAUGGGAAAUGUUUUCUAGUAAUUUUUGCAUUUUGUUUGCAAACCAGUGCAAUUAAAAAGAAUCUUGUGUAUAUUGUAUUUUCAAUUAUAGUUUUAUAUAAAAGUUAUUCCCAAAAUAAAUCUUAUGCAAUUUGUUGUUA